CGUCGGCGAUGCUCAGAGUCACCGACAGGAAGCGCGUGACUCCGUGGAUCCUCUGCUGGAUGUCCGAGAGGUUCAGAGAGGAGCCCCACAUGUUCGAUUCCCACCGAACUGACGCGUGGGAGAAGUCGUCCGCUGAUGACUGAGAUGCAGAUUUUGGACAAAUCGACAUUAGACGCUCUGGGAUCGACUUAACGUGGCUGCUCUCUUACCACGUCAUCUCCCCGCGACCACUGAAACCUCCACAUGUAAACAUCUCACGUCUUUUUUGAAGAUUUGGCUCAAAUGGCGCCGACAGAUCGGAAAACGACGAGUAACAAGUUUACAGGGAAAGAUGGAAACUGGAAGAAAUCGAACAGCAACGUCCAGGGGGUGAAGAAGAAGAAAUGGACCCCGGAUCACAAAGUGUUCGAAGGCAGCGUUAGUGAAGGUCAAGGGUUUGCCUUCAAGAGGAAGGAGAAAGUCCGACACGAGUACAACAAGCUGCUGCGGAAGGAGAAGAGGAGGAACCCUGAGUCCAAGCAGCUGUACCAGGAGGAGUAUCCAGAACACCUCCGACAUCUGUACCAGGCCGAGGCACAGAAACUCAAACAGGAGGCCUGGACCAACAGGGUGAACAGGAGCAAGCUGAGGGUGAAGAGGAAGGAGACAGAAGAAGAAGAAACAGAUGAAGAUGAUGAUGAUGAUACAAAAGAGAUGGAAGCUGCAGAUCCAGAUCCAGAAGUGACUGGUGGAUCUGAGCCGACAGGUUCUGUGACUGGGGACGCUGAUCCGUCUGCAGCCGCAGAGAAAGAGAGUCUCCCAAUGAGCAACCGCAUGAGGAAGAAAAUGCAGAAGAAGACGUCGUACCAGAAGACGAAAGAGGAGUUUGAGACAAUCAAAGAAAAGCAGAGGCAGAAGAAAGGGGAGUUCUUGAAGAACAAGCAGCAGAGAGAAGAAGCCAUUCAAAAGUACAAGCAGAAAAAGUUGGAGACGUUUCAGAUUCUGAGCAAGAAGACAAAGAAGGGGCAGCCGAACCUGAACCUGCAGAUGGAGUAUUUGCUUCAGAAGAUCCAGAGAACUGAGAAAUGAACCUGGGAACAAUUGAACUGACGACCGGACCUUUCCUGAAUCUGACUCUUUUUAAACACCUGAUGUGGUGCAUCAGGAUUCUUUCACUCAUGCUUCACACGUCGAGUGAUAAUCUGAGACUGAUUUGCUGUUUCGUGCUUUUUUUCUGUUUUAUUUUGUAGUAUUUGGCCCUAGACAAUGCUGAGGGCCCAUUUUAUUCCCAGACCACAAGAUGGCGUUGUAAUGCAUAAACAGAUGGAAAAACC